UAUUUUAAUACACUGUAGCGCAUAUUGGUCACACUGUUGAACAGCUGUUUGGGCGUCCUAAAGCAAAACAUUUGAUUAUUUUGUUUAUAUCGAGUGUUAGUAGCAUUAUCUAAGCUGCAGAAAUGCUGCACCCACAGACAAUGCAAUCCAUACCCACUCUCCACCAGCCACUGCACUCCAAGGUAUCGAACUAUCUGAACAACCAGCGGAGAACCGGACAAUUCUGUGACCUGCUCCUGGAACUGGAUUCGGAUGAUUCCCUCAGCUUGAGCGUCCAUUUCUGCGUGCUGGCUGCACAGAGCCAGUUCAUCAACACCAAUCAGAAGCAACAGCAGUUCUCCAUUCACAAUCCGCUCAAGAUCACCAUCCGGAAUUUCAGCUGCACCCAAUGCCUGCACACAAUUGUGGACUUCUUCUACGAGGAUUUGGUUUCCGUGUCCAAGGAGCACGAGCUGCACUUUCGGGAGCUAGCGCAAAUCUUGGCUGUGACAGAACUACUGAAUCUCUACCAGUUGCAGCCCUUGGGCGAGGUAAAAGAAGCAACAGAGAUCCCAGCACCUGGAGAGGCGCAACCAAAUCCAGAACUAGAAAAGAAGGCAGAGGCUGUCUUUGAGAAUCGACAAAGUUACUUCAAGCUUAAGAACCCGCGAGCGGUAAAGUCCAGCAGCAAAGUGAACUACUGCAUUGGCUGCGACUUCAAGUGCUAUCAGGUGCAGAAAAUGAUCGAGCACAUGGGCAGCUGUGAACCCUCCCAUUUGACCUGCUCGCUGUGCGAGGUGGGCUUCCUGGACUGGCGGGAAUACGACACUCACCUACGCCGGCACUCUGGUGAUCUGCGUAAGCCCUUCUUUUGCUUGCAGUGCGGCAUCCGCUUCAACACACGAGCUGCCCUGCUCGUCCAUCAGCCCAAGCAUUCCACGGAAACGCCGCACAUAUGUCCACAUUGCGGCAAGGGCUUUAAGUGGAAGCAGGGCCUGAGCAACCACAUCCUGGUCCACAAUCCCGAGAAGCAAAUGCUCUGCGACGUCUGCGGCUACAGCACCACGCACAUGAAGGCCCUCAAGUCGCACAAGCUGCUUCACACUGGAGAAUUCUUUGCGUGCACAGUCUCCGGCUGCAAGCAUCGUGCCAAUCGCAAGGAGAACCUCAAACUGCACAUUGAAACGCACAAACAGGGUCGCGAUUUUAUCUGCGAGAUUUGUGGCUGCAAGUUCAGCCAGAGCAAAAACCUCAAGCGUCACGCCCUGAAGCACACGGAGAAUGGUCCGAACCGCUACAAGUGCCAGCUGUGUGGAUUCAGUAGUCAUCGCUCCGACAAAAUGAAGGAGCACGUGCAGCGGGUUCACACGGAGAAGGCGGUGCAGUUGGAGCUCUCGGAAACGGUGGACAGUAGCUUUCCCGAUGACUUUGAUCUUCCCGUGAUCGACACGACACCCAAGAAGAAACCAAAGGGUGUUAAGAGCAAGACUGUAAGGGAUGUCAAUCCUGACAAGCGACUGAAAUCCCUAUUGCCCAAGGAGACUGUAGAAUAGGAAUAAAAAGAAAGGUUACCAUUCAUAACUUCUCAAGGAAAGAGAUUUUUGAGGCAAAUGUCAAUUGUAAAUGUUUAGAAUAACUAUGUUAACAAGAGACAAAUGAGACGAGGGAUCUCACGUUCUGAGUUUGAAUACAACAAAAUUCUAUCCAGAAUAUUCACGGCAACCCAGUUUCUUUUUGAAGCCAUAAAAAAGAAGAAUCGAGAAAUCUAAAGAUUGAUUUGCUACCAACGAAUUGUAAAUAAAGUGGUAUAUUGUGGCAGGUUCUAAAAACAACAUUGUUGAGGCCAUUCUAUCUUAUCUAAGAAGGUGGCUACGAUCUAUUGUGUCGUUUCCAGACGAACUUUCAGAACGAAUACCUGCCAAAUGACUAACUAGAGCGAUAGUUAGCACCUUAUCAACGCCGAAGGCUAUGUACGUAACAUUUGUUUAUAUAAAAUCCAUUAAACCAAAACAAACUGAAAGCUUUUCGCCUUUCAGAAAUAAACAAAUGCGUUGCCUGGUGGGAGGGAAGUGGGUCAACUGAUCAGGUUCUAGUGCACCAAAAUAAAUAUCCAUUAUUAGUAAAUGUCUUGUAUUUCAAAUAUAUUAUUUGAACUAUAAUUAUUACGAAAUUGUUUCUUUUGCCCUUACAUUCGCUUUAAAAAAUAUUUUUGAGAUUUAAAAAAAAACUAAUUUUGAUCAGUGUAUCCAGAUAAUCCAGAACAUAUGAUGCAUUUAAUUAUAUAUUUAUUGGGCGGAGAAACAACUGCAGGGUAAAUGCACUUUGAUGGUCGUUUAGGGAGGGCCAAGGUGGGCGGGUGUUACAUAACACUCGGGGAACGUGUGUCUGCUGAAAAGUUCUUAAAUUAUUAAAAUAAAUGGACGAGGCGAAAUAAUAUGUUUGCCGAUUUCAGUUUUUUUUGUUUACCGCGCACUUUGUAAACAGCAAAAAAUUAAAUUGCGCAGCAAAAAUUGUCAAGAAGGCACUCUCUUGAGCGGAAAAGGGUUGUCAGGGCGAGUAACUAUGAAUUUUAAUAAAUGAACAUUCUUUUACAUAAAAAAGAGCAAAUAUAUUUGGUAAAAGUUCAGUAGAAAGUAAUGGAAAAAUUAAUCAUUUUUAGUAACUACACGUAAGCAACAAUAUAAUGCCUUUCUAGUAGUUUCUUUAGCUAAAUCCGGCAACUCUGACGGAGAGAGAGCUUUGGUUGCGGAACAGAAAGCUUGCGCGCCUAUAAAAGCCGCUGCUCGACCGAAAAAAAUUCAAUUCCGUUCGCAGCUCAGCGAAAAGUGAACAAAAAAGAAGCAGUACAGAAAUUUGAAAACCAGUCUGCAAGUUUGCAGAGAAACAAAAA